UAUUAGUAACUUAUUACUAUCUUCUAUUAUAAAAUGUAUUUAUUGAUGAUUAGUAGAUAAGCGUAAAUUUGCCAGAUUAGGUCAUUAUGCCAAUGACGAUAUAUUGUUCUGUCAUCGUUUCUUAGCAAUAUGUCUCGAGUGAAAGUUGAGUGUUAAAUGAAGGAGGGAGUUACGAUAUCUCCGUCAAUUUUGCCAGUAAAACUUAUUUAAUUUAACAGCUAACAUACCAAGUGAUGAAAACAUUAUCACGCGGCUUAACUUGAAACGUUUUAUAUAUUUUUUAAUCAAUUGAAAAGUUUUAUCUAUUUUAAAAAUCAUGUCGGCAAUAGAAAGACAAUAUUCUAUCGAAAAACAUAUUAAGUGGGUUGUGUGCAUGGGUGAUUUUUCUUUACUCCGAGAUACAUUGUCCAAGAAAAAAAAUGAAAAACAAACUGCAUUUUGGACGAUACUCAGUUUAAUUGAUUCAUUACUACGUGGAUUUGGACAGGUUGUAUUUGCAAACAAUCCAAUCAGUGGUAUGCUAAUAAUAGGAGCUCUAGGAUUAACUGUAACAGGUGUAGCUAUCGCAGGCGUGGCAACGGGUGUCCUAGGUCUACUUAUUUCUGUGCUUAUUGGAGGAUCUCCGGAACACAUUGAAAAUGGAUUAACUGUUUAUAAUCCAUUAUUAAUUGGUGCUGUAACAUAUUCAAUAUUUCCCACUCAAUAUGGUAAUUGGGAUUCUUUUGCAAUUCUCAUAACACUUGUAUCAGCAAUAGCAAGUGUUUAUUUAGCAAGAUCAUUUGCCAAUGGAAAAUAUCCAUGUAUUACUUGGCCAUUUAAUAUUUUACAAAUAAUGAUACUAUUGAUUCUCAUGGAACAAGCUAAUGAUCAUCCAACCAACUAUUUAGAGAAAAAUACAACGGAAUUGAUUCAGAAUAAAUCAACAAUAAUUAAUAAUAAUCCAGACUGGGGACUGGUUUUUCGAGGAAUAUUGACGUCAGCAUCACAAGUAUUUGCUGUAGACAAUGUUGCUGUUGGUUCAACCAUCUAUCUUGCAAUUCUUAUUUAUUCACCGGUAACUGCUGCAUUCUCAUUUACAGGUGCAUUCAUAGGUACAAUUUCAGCACUUGGUCUUGGAGUACCAUAUGAUACAAUUUAUUCUGGUCUAUGGGGUUAUAAUAGUUUAUUAACAUGCUCAUCACUUGGUGGUAUAUUCAUGGUCUUAAAUUCUCAAUCGAUACCAUUGACUUUUAUCGCUGGUGUAUUUACUGUUUUUUUACAGUACAUUAUAUAUCAAUUUUUUAUACGUAUUCAACUUGCAGUAUUGACGGUACCAUUUGUAACGACUGUUUGGCUUUUUAUGGGCCUUAGGGAAUCAGAAGAUAACACUUUUUUGUAUCCAGUUAUUUCAACAUUUCCUGAGGAUAUACGAUUUAAUUUUUUUCAUCAUAAUCAAUUUAGCCUCGAUUUGGCUAGCUCAAAUUCAGUUGAUGAAAACUACGGGAAAUCAUCGAUAUCUGUUUUUCCAGACACGAAACAAUAAAAAUAAAACAACCCUUUAUUAAUAUGAAAUUUUUAUAUAUCAAUUUCGAAAAAAAUUUACAUCAGUUAAGUGUAAAAUGUUAUACAAUGCAUGAUAUCUAUCGAAAUACACACUCAAUCAUACA